AAGUUCGCCAGCGCUCAGCUGACUUGAGAUCAUCGGCAGGAGGAAAACAACGAUGGCGGCGGAGAUUCACUCGAGGCCUCAGAGCUCCAGACCCGUCCUGCUUAACAAGAUCGAGGGUCACAGCGACGCGGUGAACACCGCCGUGCUCAUCCCAAAAGAGGACGGAGUGAUCACAGUCGGAGAGGAUAGGACUAUUCGAGUUUGGCUGAAGAGAGACAGUGGACAGUAUUGGCCCAGCAUCUAUCACACCGUCUCCUCUCCUUGUUCAUGUAUGUCAUAUCAUCACGACAGCAGGAGGAUCUUCAUAGGGCAAGACAAUGGAGCCAUUGUGGAGUUUCUUAUCUCAGACGAUUUCAACAAAAUGAACCAUGUAAAAACAUACCCAGCCCAUCAGAACCGCGUGUCGGACCUGCUCUUCUCUCUGGAGUCUCAUUUGUUGAUCAGUACGGGUCAUGAUAAGACCGUCAGCUGGAUGAGUACACAGAGCGGCGCUAUGCUGGGGCGACACAGCUUCGGCUCAUGGGCAUCUUGCCUACAAUACGAUAAUGAAACCCAGCAUGUUUUUGUGGGAGAUUAUUCAGGUCUGAUAACUUUACUAAAACUGGAUGAGCAGACGUGUUCUGUCAUUACCACGCUAAAAGGACAUGAAGGUAGUAUUGGUGCAUUAUAUUGGGAUCCAGUUCAAAGGUGGUUGUUUUCUGGAGCAUCUGAUCACAGUGUGAUUAUGUGGGACAUCGGUGGGCGACGUGGUCGCACGUUAUUACUACAGGGACAUCAUGAGAAGGUCCAGGCAUUGAGGUAUCUUCCGCUGACCCAUCAGCUGGUGUCCUGUUCUGCUGAUGGAGGAAUGACAGUGUGGAAUAUGGACACGACUCGUGAAGAGGCGCCGCAGUGGUUGGACAGCGACUCCUGUCAGAAAUGCGAACAGCCGUUUUUUUGGAAUAUUAAACAGAUGUGGGACACUAAGACCCUGGGGCUCAGACAGCAUCACUGCAGGAAGUGCGGUAAGGCCAUUUGUGGGAAAUGCAGUUCGAAAUGCUCCACGUACCCCAUCAUGGGUUUCGAGUUCCAGGUGCGCAUGUGUGACGACUGCUAUGGCUCAAUCAAAGAAGAAGAUCGGGUCUCUCUGGCCACGUUUCAUGAGGGGAAACACAACAUCGCUCACAUGGACAUGGACCCGAGUCGUGGACUGAUGGUCACGUGUGGGAGCGAUCGAGUUGUUAAGAUUUGGGAUAUGACGCAGGUGAUUGGCAGCAGUAUAGCGGCAGGAUUCUCUCCCCGCUGAUUGGCUGUUUCUAAAUCCACCGGCCAGCACUCCACCGGCGGAAACCUAUCGAGGACCAGUGGUCAUGAUGAAAACGCUCACCUACCUAAUACUGUCUCUCUUCAUCUGUGGAGUCUGCACACACGCCGGACAAUCCCGCUGAAGUGUGUACCUGAAUGUCUGUUUGUUAUUUGGAUAGUCUUAGAUUUUUACCACAUCUGCUCUGAACGAGAGUCAUUGUCGACUCUUAUGAAGUAUAAUGACCUGGAUUUUAGUGAACUCAAGGUACUUCUGUAAGCACAAUAUUUGCGCCCUUUCUCUCUUUCUGCGUGUGUACAGUAUAUUAGCGUAUGCGUUUGUUGGAUGUUUCCCAAACUAAAUGCUAACAAAUUAAAAUUUUUGCCCACCAUUACUAUUUAAACAAAGGACGUCUUCAUCCAACAUCCGGUUACUUCUUUAUCCCUGUUUGACUUUAAAGAACCACUACUGCCCAUAGUAACUGCCCCUCAUGUUUCCGUGGCAACUAUGGUAGCAUGAACAUUCCCAUCAAGACAAGACUAGUUAAGUUGCUUUGCCCAAAAGUGACACUGCCAACCACAGAUGAGGGUAAAAAGUGUCGCCCAAGAUUAAAGAUGUUUUGGGUUCAUAUUAUUUAUAGCCUAUAUUAUUAAAUCCAUUACGUUACUAAAAUAAUUUUGUAGUGUUUACUUUUGUAAAACAUGUUAUAGCACUUAUCAACUUACUAAAAACUUAUCAACUUACAAAACUUUUCAUCUUUCGUCUCUCCUGUGUCACAUCUGCAGUGUCUUAAUGUUCAAGCAUUUCUCGCUCCUAACCCUGAAUGGCACAGAUUGUUCAUGAUCUGAGGGUACAAACAACAUUUGUGCGACAACACGGUUGUUUGUGUGUUGUAAAUGGCUGGCUUGUGUAUGCGUGAAGCUUCUAUUUUAUUAUGCGUCUCUCAUUGUGCACUUUGUAAAUGAUAGCUAACCUUCCUCAUUUACGCUUAUUGCAGAAAGCGAGCAGGAAGUAAAUGUAAGGCUUGUUGGAUUGAUGUAAGAGAAAUGUUGUACACAUACAUGUCAUACUGAAAAAGGUUUAAAAAAUACUAAACUUCUGCCUGUCUGGCAGAUAAAGACCAUGAAGAUGUGCUGCAAGACCUAAAUUCAGUUUGUAUCUCAACCAUAUGUCACAUGAUACAUUACCUUGAUAUAAAAUAUAAAUGUUUGUUUGUUUAAAGAAAUCCUUUUUCAACCGUUAGGUUUUUAUAAUUGUGACAUUUAAUGGACAAAAAAAGCUUAAUGGGUUAAAUUAAGGUUUUAUUUCUUUAAAUGAUAAUAUAAUAACUUUUCUUUUGUGUUUGAGAUGAAUGGUUUUUGAUUGCUAUUGACAUCCGCAUUAAAUUGGGACUUCAGGGUGUCACAUCAGUCAUGAUCCGGUUUAAAAUCAUACAAACACAUCUAACAUUUCACUGGAAACACUUAAAAGUGUUGUUUUUUGUUUUUUUCUUUGUUCUUGUAAUAAUCACUCUAAAACUGUAAAUAACUCUUUUUAUGUAAUUUUUCUAAGACUUAAUUUACUCAGUAGUUCAAUAAUUAAGUAUUAUUCUCUCUCUCACUGUCUCUCUCUCUCUCUCUCUCUCUCCAGUAUAUAUAAAGUUGAGCUGUAAUGUUGGCACGCUCACACAUCUGUAUUUUUCAUAGGGGGUAUAUCUUGUUGCUAAUAUGAAAACUGACGUAAUUCUUAUGCGGGUUGGUUAGUUUCAGCCCAGAGAUUGAAUGAAAUAUUACAAUAAAAGUUCUAUGCUGUAUCUUA